GAGCGCCGCAUUCACUUCCGUGUUUGUGUGAUCGGGGAGUGCUCAGCCGGGGGAGCUUCACUGUUUCAUUCAUUAAGAAGAGUAACAACAAGCGAGUGACCAGCAGCGACAAUGCCAUACGAAUUGAAACAUGUGUUUGCCAGUCUCCCACAGAUGGAGAGGGGAGUCGCAAAGGUGUUAGGAGGGGAUCCCAAAGGCAACAACUUCCUCUACACCAAUGGGAAGUGUGUCAUCAUCAGGAACAUUGAAAAUCCAGCUAUAGCAGACAUUUACACCGAGCAUGCCCAUCCUGUUGUUGUUGCCAAAUAUUCCCCCAGUGGAUUUUACAUUGCAUCUGGAGAUGCAUCAGGAAAGAUCCGUAUCUGGGACACUACCCAGAAGGAGCACCUGCUGAAGUACGAGUACACCCCACUUUCUGGCAAGAUUAAGGACAUUGCAUGGACUGAGGACAGCAAAAGGAUUGCCGUUGCUGGUGAUGGUCGUGAGAAGUUUGCCUCUGUGUUCCUGUGGGACACUGGCUCCUCAGUGGGAGAGCUUUCCGGCCACUCCAAACUAAUCAACAGUGUAGACAUCAGGCAGCAGCGCCCUUUCCGCAUUGUCACUGGCAGCGACGACACCACUGCCUCCUUCUUUGAGGGACCUCCAUUCAAGUUCAAAUGCACAUUAUCUCAACACAGCCAGUUUGUCAACUGUGUCCGUUUCUCUCCCGACGGAAGUCGCUUUGCCACUGGUAGCGCUGAUGGCCAGAUUUUUAUCUAUGAUGGAAAGACUGGAGAUCUUAUUGGCUCUCUGGGUGGUGAGAAGGCCCACAAAGGAGGAAUCUAUGCUGUCAGCUGGAGCCCCGACAGCUCCCAAAUGAUCUCUGCCUCAGGGGACAAGACGGUGAAGCUCUGGGAUGUUGGCGCCACUACAGCCGUCACCACCUUCAACAUGGGUACUGAUGUGGCAGACCAGCAGCUGGGCUGCCUGUGGCAGAAGGACCACCUUCUCAGCAUUUCCUUGUCAGGAUACAUUAACUACCUGGACAAGAACAGCCCUGACCGGCCCCUUCGCACAAUCAAGGGUCACAGCAAAUCCAUCCAGUGUCUGACAGUUCACAAAAAUGAUGGCCGAACAUACAUCUACUCGGGGAGUCACGAUGGACACAUCAAUUACUGGGAUGCAGAAACUGGGCAGAACGACUCCUUUAGUGGGAAAGGCCACACCAACCAGGUUAGCAAGAUGGUGACUGACGAUGCCAACGAUCUGGUGACAUGCAGCAUGGAUGAUACGCUGCGCUUCACCAACCUUGGCAAGCAGGAGUACAGUGCCUCUGAUGUGGUGAAGAUGGAUUCCCAGCCUAAAAGCGUGUCAACAGCAGCAGGAGGGCUGUCAUUGGCCGUGUGCAUUGGGCAGAUUAUUUUACUGAAGGAUAAGAAGAAAGUGUUCACAUUGGACAAUCUGGGCUAUGAACCAGAAGUUGGAGCUAUUCACCCCGGGGGCACCACUGUCGCGGUGGGGGGAGCAGAUGAGAAAAUCCAUCUGUACUCAAUUCAGGGUAACACUCUGAAGGACAACGGCCAAACAAUGGCGGUUAAAGGUGUUGUCACAGACCUGGCCUAUUCUCACGACGGAGCCUACCUGGCCGCCGUUGAUGAUAAGAAGGUUGCCACGGUUUUCACGGUGGCAGAUGGCUACUCGGUCAAAGAUGAGUUUUAUGGCCAUCAUGCAAAACCCGUCACUUUGGCCUGGUCGCCUGAUAAUGAGCACUUCGCAACUGGAGGGAUGGACAUGAUGGUGUACGUCUGGACAGUUGGCGAUUCAGACAAAAGGAUUAAGAUUCCAGACUCUCACAAGUUGCACCAUGUAAGCAGCCUGGUCUGGAUAGAUGAGAACACCCUAGUCACAACCUCCCACGAUGCCAGCGUCAAGCAGUGGACUAUUACAUACUGAGCUGCUAGCAGAUAAACAUCCAUAUCUCCAGGGACAAGGACUACUGUAGAAUUCAAUCUUUCUUUUUUUUUUUUUUUUUUUUUUUUUUAAACUGUAUUUUCACUGUCUACAUGGGGGUCCUAAGCUAUCUGUAAAAAUCUGAUUUGUAAAUGGUUAUGGCUGGGGGAGAAAGCUUCCAUAUAAAAGAAAAAAAAAUACCCAAGUUAUGAGUUAUGAUGUCACUUUGAUGAGUGUAACGUCAUCUUAAGCCGAGACAGUUAAUGAAAUCUCCAAUGUUAACCAUCAGUGCUUUUACAUCUCUUUGAGCUUUAUGGACCCAGAAAAAAUAUGUGCAAGCUCAACAUUCCAUAGGUUGUAGCCUUCACUCUUUUUCCAGCUGAAAAAUAUUGUCUGCGGUUGGGCUCAAUGCGUCCCAACUGAACGGAUGAACCAAAAGUGAGUUUUUAGUUUUAAUCAACAAAGUCAUGUAUGAAAGAAAUUAAACCUUUUGGUUACAUUCCUGAAAUGAGUUGUAACUACAGUUGCCUGUCAUUUUUGUACUCGGUUGUUGAAGGGGUGGAUGUUUUUGCUUUGUCUUAGGUUUCAUACUUUUCGUUGCUCAUGGCACUUAUUGUCAGACUGAGGGGGGGGGGGGGGGCAGUAACAAUAAUGGGGGAAAUGAAAGAAUGAGUGUGUUUAUGCAAUGGAGAUACAGUCCAUCCAGUUGGAGGACUCGAUGUUGUUGCGGUGUUUUUCUUUGGGCCCACUAUGCUUGUCUCUCACAUUUUUUCAUGUCUUUAUGCAUCUACUUCCAAGGUGGAAGUGAUUAAUAAGAAGAAUGAUAAUAAAAAUCACUUUUUAUGCAGUGUCCUUUCAUGUAAAUGUGCUUCCUCUCUGCUUUUGAGUCGCAUCUAUUUGCUUCUUUUACCAGAACUUGACAUUUGAACCUUAACAUAUUUUCAUACCAUGUGUUAAUAAUAAGUAUGUUGUUCCUUUUGCUCUAUCAGGUUAUGUCCCUGAACCAAGCUCUACAGGCCAAUUGUUGUGUCUCUUUAAGGUUUUUGAACAGUAUUUCAGAUAUUAUAAUUACACUUGUUUAUAAAAAUGCUAUGAUCCUAUUUCAUCUGAAGUUGAGUAGCUCAAUGUAAUUCAGUAUUUUUACACAAGAGCAGUUGAAAUUUGAGUAUUUCCAUUUUCUGCAGGUUUAUAUUUCUACUCUACAACAUGUCAGA